AUGGCGGUAUCCACGGCCAAUAAGGAGGGAAUAUGCAAAGUGACACAAGCCACUGAGUCAUCUUCAUUCCUUGCAUCUACAGUUGAUCUUUGCUCUUCUCUGACCAUGUCAGGAAUCCCUGACAUUCCGCAGGUCCUGGCCUGCACUGAUCCGCUUGACCAAGAGGAGCAGCCUGGUUGUAACAACUCUGGUUUGGGAAAGAAUAGCUUGAGUCGUAAGGACCAAGGGACACUUGAAAAUGACAGUUUUGCAGACAUCGCUACACUGGUGAAGGGUAUUCACCUUCCACAGGUCUUAACUUCCUUGGCUGACCUUGAUCAGCCCCAAGGUUCCAAGGUGAUCAAAACCAAAGACACCAGAGGCCUCAAGUUGCACGAGGUGCAGAAAAAGUCAAGUGUCAGAAAGGCUCGCUCUGAUCAAGCGGGGAAGAACAAACAUAAAGCCUCUGAGCCUAUCGGUGAUGCUCCCAAGGCCAAGAUCAAACCCAAGAGCCCAGACUGUGUGUUCGUGGGAGGAGUGGUUCAUUGCAAUGCUGCAGCCGGUGGCAGGGCUCCUGGGAACAUGGCCGAGCAUUCUAACAGCAAACGUCAGAGAGCUGCAGCCAGCAGGACCAACAAAACUAAGGGCCAUGGGCAGGAAAACACCAAAAGAAACAAAGAAAACUACUCCAAGAGAGCUGAGGAGAGGAAGCAGUCAGGGAACAAAGUCAAGGCAGAGGAGAAGCCAGCCAUUCCCAAGAUGAAGAGGAAGAAAAGUCAUCCUGAGCUGCCACAAGAGGCCAUCAAAAAACCUCGCAGCGGCCUCGGUAUGCACAUGCUGGAGUCUGUGCAGGUUUUCCAUGCACUGGGCAAGAAGAGUGAUAAGAAAGCUGACCUGUCUUCCUCACGGGCCCAGGGAAACUUAAGCAACCCCAGAGGCCCCCAACCACGCCCAGCUAUCAAAAGAUGGCUGGAUUCUCCGGGGAAGGGCAAAGGUCCUGAGAUAAUUCAAGUCAAACGCCAGAAACCACAUGGCAGUACUGACAAAGGGUCUUCAUCUCCAUCCCAGGAACAGCUGCCAUCUCCCGGGAAGGUCAAGUUGGUGCCAUUGGUUUUUCCAACCAUGGACAAGCCUCAAGCUCGACCUGUUCCUCGCAGGCCACAGAAUCUGGCAUCACGUCGGCCUGCGGUUACCAACCCUGCCAAGCCUGCUGCAGUCAAUGCAUCCCAGCCAACUCCGGCAUCUUUGACAGGUCCUGUCAGAUCAGCUCGGCCAACGUCAACCAACUCAGCCAGACCAGCUUUGAACAACCCUGACCAGCCUCCUGCUUCUAGGCCUGCACCCUACAAAACAUCAUCUCAUGGUUCCUUGCAGCGGGAGCCUGUUCACACUGCUGUGAGCCAGCCCCGGAUGCCGCUCAAGCCUCACAACCACUAUCCUCUCCAGGAUUUUGCCCUCCAACCAAUUCCAUGGAGGAAACCUGAGGUUCUGGGGCCAGUAAUGUCAACACCCAUCACAAAUGAGCAGAGGCCAGAUCGAGAGGCCAUGAAGAGGAAGGCUCAACUAGAGCGUGAGAAUGCUGCCAGAUGCUCACUGGGGAAAAUGCAGCAUUUCAUUGAGAGGGAAAAAGAAAUGGACAUUUCUCUGUACUAUGGCUAUGUGAUGUAGGACAUGCUGGGAGUGUUGGUGCCACUUUGGGUACCAGCUGUUUUCCAUAGAUAGAUAGAUAGAUAGAUAGAUAGAUAGAUAGAUAAGAAUUUCUCAAUUUUGACAUAUAUUUUAACUUAAUAAAAUUGAAUAAAUAUAAUAGAAUUAGUAGAUGAGUAAUAAAAAAGUCUAUUGAGUUUUAA